UAAUCAGAAGAGCUAGUUCCUGAUUUUUGCUUGGGCUGGAACCAUCAGGACUCGGGCAGCCUCUGAGUAUUUUAGUUCGAAGAGAAAUGGAUUUUAAAGGACUCCAUCAAGAAGAUUUUCUUAAAUGAGGGGUAUCUGAUGCCUUCAAAAGAGAAGACUACAGGAGAAAAGGUUCUUAAAGAAAGCUUCAAAAUGGAAAGGAGUCAUAAGGCUGGGAUAUUCUAACGAAGGUCAUCUCACACUAGCCAAGGUGGAAGGAAAGAUUUUAACUGAAAAAAAAAUGGACAACAAAACUGCCAGCAACCACACGGAAUGUUCUCUGAAUUCUCUAAUCACACAAUACAUCAUUCCCCUGCUCUACUGCUUUGUCUUCGUGGGUGGGAUUCUGCUCAAUGGGAUAUCUGCGUGGAUCUUUUUCUACGUUUCCAACAGCAAGAGCUACAUCGUCUAUCUCAAGAACAUCGUGGCGGCUGACUUUUUGAUGAGUCUAACUUUCCCAUUCAAAAUUCUGAGUGAUUCCAAAAUAGGGCCCUGGCAGCUGAGCAUCUUUGUGUGCAAGGUGUCCGCAGUGGUCUUCUACGUCAACAUGUACGUGGGAAUCGUGUUUUUUGGGCUCAUCGGAUUUGACAGGUACUACAAGAUCGUCAAGCCCCUUCUGGCUUCGUUUGUUCACACGGUUGGCUACAGUAGGAUCCUCUCUCUCCUCGUCUGGGUCCUGAUGCUAAUCCUGGCCAUCCCCAACAUCAUUCUGACCGAUCAAAGCGCCAAGGAGGAAGACAACGUUAAGUGCAUGGAACUAAAAAAUGAAUUGGGACUCAAGUGGCACACAGCCUCUAAUUACAUUUUCGUGGGUAUCUUCUGGAUUGUGUUCCUUCUUCUGAUCAUCUGUUACACUGCCAUCACGAGGAAAAUCUACCGCUCUUACCUUAGGUCGAGAAGGAAUUCUAUCUCUGUCAAGAAAAAGUCCAGCCGUAACAUAUUCUGCAUCAUGUUUGUGUUUUGUGUGUGCUUUGUCCCUUAUCACAUUGCCCGAAUCCCCUAUACCAGAAGCCAAACUGAAGGACAUUAUGACUGUCAAUCCAAAGAAAUCCUGCUCUACACAAAAGAAUUCACUCUGUUCCUAUCUGCAGCCAAUGUGUGCCUGGACCCCAUUAUUUAUUUCUUCCUCUGCCAACCAUUUAGAGAAACGCUGCGGAGGAAGUUCCACCUCAGAUUAAAAGCCCCAGAUAGCCUGGAAAAUUCCAAAACCAAGAGAAGCAAUGAAAUGAUGGACAAUGCAAUUCUGGACAGCACAGACACGCUCUGACUCCCCACUGGGAGCUUUC